UUUGAUGUAUAUAAAGAUUUAAGAUGCUUAAGACUUCCAUAUAGAUGGCCAGACAAGAUUUUAAAGGGAGCAUAAUUAUUUGAACUUGAAUAUUUACGGAUGUUAUACAUAUUAGAGGGUAUAAUUUAUGAGGAUAUGAUAAUAAUUUGAGUUUGCUGAAUCGAUAUUAACGAGUCAUUCCAUAAGAGCAACAAGUCGUCUGCUGUAUUCAGUGUUCUUCAUACCACACUGUGCAUUUGAGCAAGUAAUGAUAGAUAUUUAUAGCAAUGCAGUAUUUGCCAUAUAAGGCAUUUUUUUCUGCCUGAUUUAAUAUCUACCUUGCAGUAUUUGAACAAAACUACCUCUCAGGUUGCAAUAAGAGGAAAGUACUUUUAGGAUAUGUAAAAUAGGUGACGAGGAUGUUACAGAGUUAGUUAUUGACAAUGGAUCCGGAAUGUCUAAAGCUAGAUUUGCCGGGAACGAUUCCCCCAGAGCUGUAUUUCCCUCCAUCGUGGGGCGCCUUAGACAUCAGGGUGUUAUGGUCUGCAUGGGACAGAAGGACAGCUAUGUAGGAGACGGGGCCCAGAGUAAGAAAGGUAUCCUCACUCUCAAAUACCCCAGUGAACACGGCAUCGUCACAAACUGGGACGAUAUGGAGAAGAUCUGGCAUCAUACCUUCUUCAAUGAACUUCGUGUGGCCCCAGAGGAGCACCCCGUACUUUUAACUGAAGCCCCACUCAACCCAAAUGACAACAGAGAAAAGAUGGCACAGACUAUGUUCGAAACCUUUAAUUCUCCUGCCAUGUACGUUGCUAUCCAGACUGUUCUCUCUUUGUAUGCUUCCGGUCGUACAACUGGAAUUGUACUCGACUCUGGAGACGGUGUCUCCCACACAGUACCAAUUUAUGAAGCUGACGCUCUUCCCCACGCUAUUUUACAGUCCCUAAAUCAUUCUACUUUCCCACCUGAACGGUGAACGAACGCUGAACGAACGGUUAACGAACGCAGAGCGAACGGCGAAUGAACGAUGUGCGAACACUGAACGCAACUUGGUGAACGAUAUGUGAACAGUUAAUGGUUAGUGAAUGUAGAACGCGAACGGAGCGCGAACUCGAGGGCAAA